CGACAACGAAGAGAACGAUGACAAGACGAAGAGAGAAAAAGAGAGAGACAGAGAGAGAGAGAGAGAGAGAGAGAGAGAGAGAGAGAGAGAGAGAGAGAAAGAGAGAGAGAGCGGUUCUAAGAUUCUCGAGGAUGAAUCAAGGCGGUGAACACGUUUUGUUCUUGGCUCUCGCGUAUAUGUAGCGAUGUGUGGUGUGGUGUUCCCCUUCUCAGGGAGAAGUAUGGUAGGGGAGUAUUUAGAAGCAGGUGUGGUUGAGUCAGCAUCCCCGAUAUAGAACUUCGUUUGUUUAGUAGAGAGCCGACUCCCUGCGGAGGAGCACCUUAACGUCCACGAAUUAUCCAGCGCGAAACACGAGCCACAUCGUUGAUACACGGCGGACGCUUGAUUUGAAAUUUUUCACGAAAUCCCUUUUUGUGCGAUGUACAUUGCUCGAACGAAGCAUCGUUCAACGAUACGACGUUCUACCUCGAACAUGAUCUUUGUGACGUGCUUUUUUUUUUCAAUGAUCUAUUCCUUGGAAAGAUCUUAAUUGGAUUGAAUUAUAUCAGAGAUUAUCUCGUUCGAAUGUAAAGGGAAAAGGAGAAACUCGUUGGACAAGUCGGAACGAUAAUCUUUAACGGAUGAACAAUAUGUGCGACGAUUAUCCGAAUAUCGUAGGAACCGACACUUUGAAGCGUUGCUGGGUAUUACUGCGUACCAGCACUACCAGCGAGGACUUGGAUAAUGUGUACCGUCUAUUAGAUGCGGAUUUAAGACCUCUUACACCGGACCAUACGUGCGAACGUUCCCGUGAAAUCUUCGAAGAGCAUAAACAAUUAGCGCAGGAAUAUUUAAAAGUACAAACGGAAAUAGCUCUAUUGGGACAGCAUAAGAAUGAGAUGUUAAAAAAUCUAAGCAUAGAUAAUCUACGGCAACAGCAAGAGUUACGAAAGUUAGAGGAUGAAAAGGAAUCUCUGGUGAAGCUAUAUCGAAAUUUAAAACGGCAAUUAGAGAUAAUGAAAAACAAGAGGACAAGUAACAAUCCUGUAAAUAAUUGUAUACCAACGAUAAGUCCUGCCGUUUCUGGUAAUAAUGGGUGGGUUGUGGUGCCGCGACAAGAUCCUUGAAAACUAUUUAAUCGCAAGAACGUGAAUCUUUAUCGUAUAUAUAUUUAUAUAUAUAUAUAUAUUGGUAUAUCUUGGUUUUUAUAAAACAAGGAGUUUACGAAUUUGAAACGAUACGAAUUUAAUUCGACAAAUCGCAUUAAUUUACUGCAUUUGGAACUUAACAUUGGUUAUUAUCCUUUAAAUCUCUAUUUAUCUUGGCUGAUUGCCUGCCUAACGUGUGUUGAGCCGCGAUUGUUCCUUAAUAGUGAUUAAAAGUAUCUAUGGUGUUGUACAAUAAGAUAAUUUACCAUCUAAAUAAGCUAUUUAAAAUAUCGAUAUGAGAAUCGUAGAAAAAGAAAAAAAAGGAAGAAAAAAAAAGAGAAAAAAAAAAAAAGAAAUGAUCGGUUCUAAAACAUACGUAUAGAUCUUUCCUACUAAGAAAUAUAUGUCUCUAUUGAUAAUAAAAUAUUUUCGUUUUAGAAUAUAUAGAAAAUAAGA